AUGACCACAGGGCAGACGGCCGAUCUGCGUCACAGCCCAGCUCCAGACCGAUGGGGCACAGAGCAGCAAAGACCGAGCCCAGAGCUGCGGCCACUCACUAAAGAUGUAUCUCCGUCAUUUCCUUUUGUUCUGUUUCAGGCUAUUUUGGCAUUUUGCUGGACUUACGUGCGUAAAUACCAAAGUCAACGGGAAAGCGAAGUUGUUUCCACCAUAACAGCAAUUUUUUCCCUUGCAAUUGCGCUGAUCACAUCGGCCCUUCUGCCCGUGGACAUAUUUUUGGUUUCUUACAUGAAAAAUCAAAAUGGCACAUUUAAGGACUGGGCGAAUGCCAAUGUCAGCAGACAGAUUGAGGACACCGUGUUGUAUGGUUACUAUACUCUGUACUCUGUGAUUCUGUUCUGUGUGUUCUUCUGGAUUCCUUUUGUGUACUUCUACUAUGAAGAGAAGGAUGAUGAUGAUGCUAGGAAAUGCACUCAGGUUAAAGUGGCGCUCAAGUACACCUUGGGAUUUGUUCUGAUUUGCGGACUUCUUCUUCUAGUUGGUGCUUUUGUCCCACUGUCGCUUCCCAGCAACAAGAACUCUACAGAGUGGGAGAAAGUAAAGUUCCUGUUUGAAGAACUUGGAAGUAGUCAUGGCCUGGCUGCAUUGUCAUUUUCCAUUAGUUCUCUCACGCUAAUUGGAAUGUUGGCAGCUAUAACGUACACAGCCUAUGGCAUGUCGGCCUUGCCCUUAAAUCUGAUCAAAGGCACCAGAAGUGCUACGUACGAGCGUUUGGAAAACACUGAAGACAUGGAGGAGGUGGAACAGCACAUCCAGACGAUCCGAUCCAAGAGCAGAGAUGGUCGGCCUCUGCCAGCCAGGGAUAAACGUGCCUUGAAGCAGUUUGAAGAAAGGUUACGAACACUUAAGAAAAGAGAGAGGCACCUAGAAUUCAUCGAAAACAGCUGGUGGACGAAGUUUUGCGGUGCUCUGCGUCCCCUGAAGAUCAUAUGGGGAAUCUUUUUCAUCUUAGUUGCAUUGCUGUUUGUAAUUUCUCUCUUCCUGUCAAAUUUAGAUAAAGCUCUUCAUUCAGCUGGAAUUGAUUCUGGUUUUGUAAUUUUUGGAGCUAACCUGAGUAAUCCACUGAAUAUGCUGUUGCCUGUACUACAGACAGUGUUCCCUCUCGAUUAUAUUCUUAUAACAAUUAUUAUUAUGUACUUUAUUUUUACUUCAAUGGCAGGAAUUCGAAAUAUCGGCAUAUGGUUCUUUUGGAUUAGAUUAUAUAAAAUCAGAAGAGGGAGAACAAGACCUCAGGCCCUGCUGUUUCUCUGUAUGAUCCUUCUGCUUAUUGUCCUCCACACUAGCUACAUGAUUUACAGUCUUGCUCCCCAGUAUGUUAUGUACGGAAGCCAAAAUUACUUAGUAGAGAGCAAUGUAACUUCUGAUGACCAUAAAGGUAAUUCCACCUUUCCUGGGCCGAAGAGGUGUGAUGCUGACGCCCCUGAAGAUCAAUGUACAGUAACUCGGACCUAUCUGUUCCUUCACAAGUUCUGGUUCUUCAGCGCAGCAUAUUAUUUCGGGAACUGGGCCUUUCUUGGGGUGUUCUUGAUUGGCUUCGUUGUGUCCUGCUGUAAAGGGAAGAAGUCUGUCAUCGAAGGAGUAGACGACGACUCAGACCUGAGUGAUGAGGACGAGCCCUCUGUCUACUCCGCGUGACUCCGGCCCCUGGUGUGGAGGAGCUGAUAGUGUCUGUCCUGCAUUUGGAAGUCCUGACGUAACUUUGAUGAGCUCUCUGGCUCAUUUAAAGUGAGAGAGCAUGGCCAAGAAAAAGCUAUAUUUUUAUGUUUUCUGAGAUAACAUUAUUGUAUCAUAGAUUAACACUGAAAAGUAUUAUAACAAUUCUAUGUAAAUACAGAACUACUGGCUUUGUGAGAGAAGUUUGUGGAAGGACUUUUUUCUUUAAUGUAUAAUAGUAUUGAAUUGAUUAAAAUCCUCAGAAUUAAUCUCUUCAUUGCUUUUUCAAGCAUAAUAAAUUACUUGUAUCAGUGCCUUA